AUCCAGUCUUGAGGCAUCAUGGCCCUUAGACUUUUAGCGCUUCGCAAACGGAUCCUGGACUUCCCAGCUUCUGGCCUAGCUAGCAGGAUAACACGGGCAUACAGUACUCUCCCGUAUAGUCGGGAAACUGUUGAGGUGGGAGUUCGCGGAGGGUUCCCAGUUCUCUCUCUUCCUCUCCCGUCUCGGAACGAGACUUGUGACUUUGUCCUCAGACAUUUUUUCCUCCAGACCGUGGCCCACGUCACCUCCAGUAUCAGGAAUGAAGACCCCGGAAUGAGAGUAGAAGGUCACCGAAUGGCAGGCUCCACUCCUCUGGGACUGCUGCUACAGUCUGAAUUUGACCUACAAAUCAAUGACAUCAAAUACCGCAUCAGGCCACCUUCGGAUGUUCUCCUGCCUUCUGACUCGUCCAAGACGUUUGAAGAGCUGAAAACUGAAGUUUCAAAGCUCUAUAUCACAACACAAUGUCCAUGA